AUGCUUACUGAAUUAUUAUUUGAGCUCCAUGUUGCUGCUACACCUGACAAGCUAAAUAAGGCCAGGAAAAAAGCCCAUGACUGGUUGUCUUCAGGAAGCCUGUGCCCAGAGGAACCACCAAAGAACCUAGAGGCAGAUGGCCUGGAGGUGACAGAAAUUGUGAAAGAAGAUCCUAAAGAAAGCAGUGAAGAACCUAAAGCUGAACCACAGAAAGGCAUCACCACUGAAGAUGUAUACAUGACAUCUAUUGAAAGUCUGGCUGAAAUCACUGCUCGCUGCAUCGAACAGCUUCAUAAAGUGGCAGAAUUGAUUCUUCAUGGACAGGACAUAGAAAAGCCAGUGAAGGACCAAGCUGUAGUCUUAACAAAAUUAACUGGUGCUAUGUGUAAAGAAGUAACAUCCUUAUCAAAGAGGUUUACAGGCUGUCUGACCACUGUUGGGAGCAAGCUGAAGGCAGAAGUCUUGAAUCCUAUGAUCAACAGUAUACAGUUGGAGGGAAGUAACAGCACAACUUAUAUCCAGGAUGCUUUCCGGCUGCUGCUUCCCAUACUGCAAUUCUCCCAUAUUCAGGCAACCGCUUCUAAAGCCUAG